AUGGUUGGCAGAUAUACUCUUGUGGGCUGCUGCGUAGCAGCUUUGUCUGCCAUGACUUAUGCUCAAGACGAUGUCCAACUGCCCCCAACCAUCUGGGACCGCGUGGACCUACCGUUCACCUUCACCGACUGCGCUGCACCGACCGAGAUGGAAACGUGUUGGAAAGCACAAAACUUCACCGCCGAAGAUGAUCUGGAUGUCCAAUCUUUGGGGUUGCAGAACAGGAUCGACUGUGCCCUUACAAACUGCUGGAACAGGGUCUAUUCAUGCGAUUACCAACAACUACUGCUCUCCUAUAAUACCACGUGCUCUUUGAUGUUCCCGCUCCGAACCGAACCCGCUCCGAACCUGCCGUUUUGGCCAGCUCCUACAGAUGCAGCUGAUUCAUGCAGCUGUAACCUCAACAAGCUGAACGACAACUUGCCCGACAACAACGCCUACUCAAUCUGUAUGGAACAAGUACAAUUUGAGCGUGGCGAUCCGGACGAUCUUGAAGAGCGACCAACUCCUGAUUGCGAUUGUUGCCUCUACGGUGCUUAUGCGGCUGGCGCCUGGGAUACUUGCAAAGAUCAAGACCCUGGUUAUAUCAUUCUAAACUACGUCAAAGAGGCUUUCAUCGAUGGCAAUAACAAUAGUCUGGCGCAAUGUGUCUCCCGGCUCCAGAAUUUCAGUUGCGUGGAUUAUGGGUUCAGCAUAUAUGGUGUAAAUGCUUCUGAUUAUGCAAGACCUACUCCGUUGCACUCGGCUACUGGUGUUUGGAGUGAUACUAAUGGUAUUCUGACUACUCCUGUCAGCGGCGCGACUUAUACUUGGACUGCGUGGAAUGCGACGUUUACUAUCACCGCUGCUUCAGUGGAGGCGGUGGCUACUAGGAGUGCCAGUACUACUGGAGAGACCAGUGGUAGUGCGAAUGGCAGUGUGACUCGAAAGGGCACCGGUAGCGUUACUGGCAGUGUGACCGGGACUGGAACUGGCGCUUCAUCCAUGAGUACUGGUGCUGCUCCUACAUUGAUGGCUGCACAGCAUCCUGCAGCUGCUCUCAUGGGACUCGGUGGUCUCGCAUUUGCUCUCUUGUGA